AUGGAGAACAAAGACUAUAGACAAAACAUCACAGUUCAAUACUGCUUUCCUUAUAUUAACUCAUCAUGCAGAAAGGAGGUGCGAACAGGCCCUGCUUAUAUAUUAUUGUUCAUUGUUCUCUCAUGUGUGUCUGUGUUCACUGUGUUUCUCAAUCUGCUGGUCAUCAUCUCCAUCUCUCACUUCAAGCAGCUCCACACUCCCACCAACCUGCUCAUCCUCUCUCUGGCUGUGGCAGAUCUUCUUGUGGGACUGUUUGUUAUGCCUGUGAAUAUCAUGCAAUUAAUAGAUUCUUGUUGGUAUCUUGGACAAAUUGCAUGCACUGUGUCUUUAGUGGUUAGUUUUGUGUCAGCAUCAGGGUCUCUCUGUAGCCUGGUGCUCAUUGCAGUAGAUCGGUACAUUGCUGUCACUGACCCUCUGCUUUAUUCAAUGAAAUUCACAGAUUGUAAAACUAUAUUGUUCAUAAUAGUAAGCUGGUCCUUUGUUUUAUUGUAUAUUUUAAUCUGUAUAUACUCUAAUGACCAUUUACUUCCAUCUCAAAUCAUCACUACAUGCUAUGGAGAGUGUGUGAUCUAUGUUAAAUACUCCUGGGUGAUUGCUGACAUUGUAAUUUGUUUUGUAGCCCCUUGUUCUGUCAUACUGCUUUUGUAUUCAAUCAUUUUUAAAGUGGCAAGACGUCAAGCUAAAGCUGUUAGAGCUGUGACAAAUGGUCCCUCAAACAAACAUGGAGCUCAAUCCUUAAAUGUUUCUGAAACCAAAGCAACAAAGACAUUAAGCAUUAUAAUAUUUGUUUAUCUUGUUUGCUAUAUACCUUAUUAUUUAGGUUCUCUGACAGAUAAAAACCUCACAUCUUCAUCAAUGGUGUGGACUGUGCUUGGGUGGCUAGUAUUUAUGAAUUCUUUUUUGAAUCCAUUAAUAUAUGCCAUUUUCUAUCCAUGGUUCAGAGCAUCAGUUAAGUAUGUUUUAACUUGUAAAAGAGUUUUUUUCUCUCCUGCCCUUCCCAUCGCUUGGAAAACUAUGGAUGCUUCCCCUGAAACCUGCGCCUCAUUUCUGGAUUCUCUUUCUCUCCCCCUCAUCUCAUUCUUUCUUUCCCAUCCCCCACCCCAUCUCUCCAGACGGGUGGGGCCGGCUGAGCCCACACUGGAUGGAGUGAAGCCUGGCGGGUGUGUUGGUGCUGCAGGAAGCCUGAGCACUUCCAAGACCAGUGUCAUCACAAUGACGUGGAGGUGCUGGUCUGAAUACAUGGGAGGUUACGUGCUGGCUGGAUGA